AUGGCAUAAAAUUUAAUAUCAGCUAUAGCUUGGGUUUCAAGAGGGUAUGCAAUAAAGCAGCCUAAAGAAUUUGACUUAGAUGAAGAGGAGAUCAACUAGAUGAAGCAAGAUAAACUAAUAAAUAAGAAGUAAAGGAUUUAAUUAAGGUUUAGUUUGACACAAGAUUUGGGUAAAAUACAAGAGUAAGACGAAGAUUCGAGUGAAGACAAUCUCCCAGUAUUUUGUUAAGAUUUGGAAAUGCAUGGGAAAUAGUAAUUGCCAGAAGACGGGUAUCCAGUGGCGAUAGAGGAUUUGAGUGAUGAAGAGAAGGAGGAUUACUAAAUCAAAUCUUCAGAUGCUUUGGUCAUAGCAGCCAAGAUCGUAUGAAAUAAUUGAAUACUAAAUUUUAGGAAAAUGAGUUUUCUUCAUUGGAAGUGUAUAUCUAUGAGGAGGAGAAGGCCAAUUUAUUUGUGCAUCAUGAGAUUCAAUUAUCAGCAUUUCCUUUGGCAGUAGAAUGGUUACCAAUUUAACCAGGUUAAGUUGAGAGCACAUCUGCAAUAAAGGGAAAUUAUGCAAUAGUGUCAUCAUUUUUGCCUGAAAUUGAAAUAUGGAAUUUAGAUGUAGUCAAUGUGUUGGAACCAUCCAUGGUCUUGGGAGGAGAGAUUGAGUAGAAUUAUAAGAAAGUCAAAAAUCUAAAGAAAUAGAACAAGAAAUCAUAUAAACCAGACAGUCAUACUGAUUCAGUCUUGAGUUUGUCUUUGAAUUCCUUUAAACCCAACAUCUUAUUGUCAGGAUCUGCUGAUCAUUCAGUUAAAUUAUGGGAUUUGAUGCUGUAGAAAUGUGUGUUUACUUACAAUCAUCAUAAGGAUAAAGUUUAAAUCUCUAAAUUCAAUACAAAGGAGGAAAGUGUAAUAUUAUCAGGAGGUGAAGAUGGAAAGCUCUGUUUAUUCGAUGCUAGAUCACCAGAUUCAAUUCAUUAACAUAAAAUGUUAGGAUCUUUAGAAAGCGCCUGCUGGGAUCCAAUCAAGGGAUAUCAGAUAGCUUAUUCUACUGAAGAUGGAAAUUUAAUAUUGUUGGAUGCUAGAAAAAUAAGUGAAUAACCAUUAGCUAAUUUCAAUGUAAAUAAAAAGGCACUCAGCAGUGUGCACAUGAGUUCUGGAGUGCCAGGAUUAUUGGCUACUACCUGUUUGGAUGGAAAGAUUAGAGUGUAUGACACAGAUGCUCCUAUAAAGAACGGUUAAUUGCAAUUGAUAAGUUCAUACAACCCAAAAUUAGUAAGAUUGUCAAUCAAUAAUUUAGGAAUCCCUUUAUUGUGGUUAAUUUUAUUAAGAUUCUCCAUGGACUUAUGGAUGUGGAUCUAGUCAAGGCGAAUUAUUUGUUUGGGAUAUGCAAGAGAGUUAAUAGAUUGUCAGUCACUUCAGCAAUAGAGUGGCUCCAGAAUAAAGACCUAAAGUUGAGGAGGUAUAAUUUUGUUGUUGAUUUGAUUAGUGCACCUCAAAAAACACAGAUGAUCUGUGCAUGAAGGAAAGAGAGGAGAUCUAAAAGAUGGAAUAAGAAGACAAGGAGGAUAUGGAAGAAGGUGGAUUGUAAGAGGAGGAAAAUAAUUGA